AUGACACUUGAUCUAUCUAUCUCCGCCAAGUUUCUACGGAAGAUGGCGACGAAUCAUUUAUUAUCAACGCAGCGUUUAGAAGCAACCAGUGACUUAAGGGUGAUGAAGGCGCAAGAACUCACGAGCUUCGUUAACAAAUGCAGCGAGAGAAGAGAAGCUGUGAACAUCUCUCGAACAUCAUUCGUCACAUCACUCAAUAUAAUUUCAAACGCUCUGUUUUCCACAAACCUCGCAAACUUUGAUCAUCAGUCACACUCGAAGACAUCUCACGAUUUCCAUAACCUAGUGAUUCGGAUGAUGGAGAUCGCCGGAAAACCAAACCUCGCUGAUUUCUUCCCUUUUAUUGCGUUUCUUGACUUGCAAGGAGCUAGAAAAGAAGCGAGGCUACUGAUGCACAAAUUUUUUUAGGGUUUUUCAAAGAGAGCAUCGCACGGUUGUAGAAACAACACCGAUAUGUUAGAUGCUCUUUUGGAUAUUGCUCAAGACGAGAAGUCAGAACUUGAUGAUGAUGACAUCAAACAUCUGCUUCUCGACUUGUUUUUGGCGGGAGUAGACACCAGUUCGAGUGCGGUGGUGUGGGCUAUGGCGGAGUUACUUCGAAACCCUAAGAAGAUAGUGAAAGCUCAAGAAGAGAUAAGACAAGUGAUAGGGCUAAACGGCAUCGUUCACGAACUGGAUAUCGUUAAACUACCUUAUUUACAAGAAGUUGUGAAAGAGAGUCUUCGUUUGCAUCCGCCUGCUCCUUUUCUCAUCCCUCGAAAAUCCGUGUCUGAUGAUGCCCGAAUUUUCGAGUUCCUCAUUCCUAAGAAUACUCAGGUUCUCGUGAACGUGUUGGCGAUAGGACGAGAUCCGAGCGUGUGGGAAAAUCCUACGCAGUUCGAACCAGAGAGGUUUUUGGGGAGAAGAAUCGAUGUGAAAGGCAAUGAUUUUGAACUGAUUCCGUUUGGAGCUGGACGAAGGAUUUGUCCAGGAAUGCCACUCGCGUUUAGGAUAAUGCACCUAGUUCUUGCGUUUCUUCUCUAUGGCUUUGACUGGGAGUAUCAAGACGGUGUAGUUCCUGAAAAUGUGGAUAUGAGCGAGGCUUUCGGUGCUACAUUGCACAAAACAGAACCACUUUGUGUCGUGCCAAUCAAGAAACGUGUUUGA